AAUCACAAGCGCAUGCAAAUGAGGCUGAAAUGCCAGUCAAGUGGCUUAAGCGAGCAACAAAUAGGAAGGCGAAGGGAGGAUGAGUUGUUUUUAUUGAGGAAGGGAAAGAGAGGAAGAGACGAGAGAGCACCGAGAUGGGUGAGAACCAGUCCAGACCAGGAAUGCUUCAUCAGGAUCAACCUCUGGCCUACAGAGGUCAAGACACCAAUCAUCGCUCCUCUUCCUCAUUGGAAAGCAGGAAGUAUGAGCAAGAUGGCAACUAUAACAUCCUGACAAGCAAUGGAAGAGGAAGAGAAGAUGAAAAUCAAAACCGACAGCGCCCUUGUAAACUGGGUCCUUUGAGUGCUGACCUGAAAAACUCGUCCUCCCACAACACCUCCGGGGUCCUGUCACCUCGUUCCCGCAUGCCCUGCUGGAGCACGCUGGAGCCCCUUCCCGAAAUCGAAUAUGGGGAUGACGGCUAUGGCCGAGUGCCUCCCGAUGGAGCUGAGGAAAGGAGGAUGGAGGAAGAGGAGGGACAGAUGAUGGCCAAGCACCGGGAGAAGACGGAUCUUCAGAGGAGGAAAAGCAGCAACCGAGGCAGGGAUGAUAUGGAGGAGAUGAUGAAGCUUGAAAAUGACGACGAGUGGGGAGACAGCGACUCCGAAUCUGACUCCGGCGGGAGCAUGUCCUCCGUCCGGUUGGAGAGCGGAGGCAACUGGUUGUCUACGGGAGGCUGGGAACGCAUGGCGGCCGGACAACAAAAGAUGAGCCGACAGGACUUUGAGCCGACCAGAAGCAACUAUAAAGAAUCGCCAGGAAAACGGAGAAGCUUCAACCGCAGUUCCAUGUCGGGAAGUCACCUGGAAGAUCUGAUGGAGGAAGGAGCGGAGGAGAGGCGCGAUCAGUCGUCAGAUUCCGACGGCGAACUUCCUGAGCUGAUGGACACCGUGUGGACGCUGCGGGACCGCGAGAGGUUCAAGGCCCAGGAGAUGGAGAAGCACCAGGUGCAGCUGACCAUGUACCGGCGUCUGGCUCUGAUCCGCUGGCUCCGCACUCUGCAGGGCCGCGUGGAGGAGCAGCAGAACCGCCUGCAGUCCAGUUUUGACGUCAUUCUCACGCACAGGAAGGAACUGCUUCGCAUGGGGGCCGCAGUGGUCAACGCUGCGCCCCCUGCCGCUGUGGGCCAGUCGUAGGAACAGAAACAAGAAACAAUGGAAGCUAUAUUUAGUUCUUCUGCGAUAAAAACAACAUAUCUGUCAACAUGGAAACAUACUUUCAUAGCUAACCAACAGGAAGUGCUAUAACGUAUAAAGAGAAGAUCAUUUAUCCAAUCAGAGCACAGAAGAAAGUCCAACCAUAUGCAUUUUCUAUAGUGCUUGUUCUCACUGGUUGCAGAGACUUUGGACAAAAGGUGUGAGACUUGUUGUCAGCCAAUCACAGACCACAUAUAGAGGAACAACCAUUCACCCUCACACCAAUGGGCAAUUUAGAGUCUUCAAUUAACCUAACAUUAAUGCUUUGCGAAUGUGGAAGGAAGGCGAAGAAAAUCCCGUUAGCCACUCCACACACACAUAAUCCGAGAUUCAAACCUGGUACCUCUCGACUGUCUUGCAGAUGUGCAACUCCACUCUCUGGCACCUGAAGAAAGACAUUUGUAGAAAAGGCCCAAGAAAUUACAGUUAUCACUUGGACUAAUGGUGGAGGGAAGUUACUCUGUACCACUUGAAUAGAAAUGAUAAACUAGGGCCCAACCGAUAUGGAUUUUGUCAGAAUAACGUUCGGAUAACUGACUAAUUGGAUGAUUAAUUCCCUUAUUGUUUACAACAAUAAAUAUAUGAAUUACAGGCAGAAUAUGUGACUGUUUUACAAUACUUUGGCCUUUACUAUUUGUUUAACUUUACAAUAGAGAGAAAGAUCGGUAGAAAUGGUCUGAAUUUUUUUGGGGGGGCAAAUUUUUCCCAGCAAUGUUUGUUUGAAUGUAAUUGUCUGAUGUUGUAAUGUGUAAAAAAAAUAAAUAAAUAAAAAAUAUUGAAAAGGGCUAAUGUCUACCAUUAAUUGGUCGGGCCCUAUAUAAACAAAGCGUAAAAUCAGCUAAUAUAAGUUACUAAUUUUGCACACUGUGAUGUCAUAUCAAGGUGACAUGCUCCCCAAAAUGUUUUCCCUUGUACUUGCACUUUGAAAAGGAAGUUGUAGUUGACAUAAUCUGUAGAAAAACAUGCUUGUUUAAAAAAAAAAAAAAAAAAAAAAAAAAAAAAAAAAAAAAAUACCAGUGUUUGUGUGGACAUGACCCAGAAGUCUUUCUGUUUAAUGUUUUUUGACAGGUUUUGUGAUUGUAAUGAUCCUUGUUGACUUUCUGACUGACUGGAGUCUGUGUAUCUACCAAAGUAAAUCCUAACACUAGUAAAAAGAAUGAUGUAAAAAAAAAAAAAAAAAUGAAAACACCUUAUUGUGGGAUUCAUGUUGUCAGUCAACGUGUUCUCCUUGAUUGUCAAAACAUCCAAUAAGAAUGUCUUGAUUUUGUGUAUGGAGAUGAUUCUAAAAAAUGUCAAUAAAUACAGAAUAAUAUUAAAAUA